AUGGAGGGAGGAAGAUCACCUGUGCCGGGGCCUGGAAGCAGACAGGACACGGGCCAAUUGCAGCCAAACCGGCGGAGAGCCUAUAGCACGAGGGAGAGCGAUGGCCAGGAUGCAUCCAGCGAAGUAUCGGCUCGAUUUGGGUUGAGUUUCGACGGAGCUGGGAGCUUGAAAGGGAUGACGGGCCAGCGCCGGGCGUCGACAUCUUUGUCUUUAUAUUCUACAGAAGACGGCCAAUAUUCGUUCCAAGGUGUGCGAGAACAAACCGCUGAACUGGAGUCGCGGGCCCUAUCAGAUGCCGAAUCGGUACACAGCGUCAGAACCUCGUUGUCUGUGCCUCGUGGCGAUGUCUCGUCGUCGUCGCUGGAUCAAAGGGUGGCAGAGGCCUUUGGGAAUAGAGGACGAUCAAACAGCCAUCUUGUUGCGCCGGAUGUGAUUGUCGAAGAGGAGUCUGAUUCUGACACGCCGAGAGCGGGUUCGGCGCAUUCGGGAGGUUCUGCGUUGACCGCUUUGCUGCUUGAUGCACCAGCAGGCCAGCGACGGAUAGGGUCCAAUCUACCUAGAGAUGAUCUUAGUGGGGAAGCACGCUCUAGCAUCUCAGGAGAACAUGCUGCACACGUCGAGGGAGAGGAGGAUGCUGCGGAGGAGACGCCGCUCAUGCGACAACAAUCCAAGUCCACAAGCAUUCGUGGCUAUGGUACCUCUGACGAUAUAGAAAACCAUUCCCUUCUUCUUCCAACCUCGACGCCGCCAUGGGACGCAAAGCAUCCCUCGCAAAAACCGCAAAUCCCCUGGAAAACUUUGUGCAAUCCAAGGAAAUGGAAUCGGCGGACCAUAUUUCAAAAAGGCAUUGUCUACCCCGCCAGUCUCCUCCCAGCAGUCCUCUUAGGACUUCUCCUAAACAUUCUCGAUGCCCUGUCUUACGGGAUGAUCCUAUUCCCACUCGGGGAACCGCUUUUCAGCGAUUUAGGCGCCGACGGCAUAUCCAUGUUCUACGUCAGUACCAUCAUCUCCCAACUUGUCUUUUCCUGCGGCGGCUCAGUGUUCAAAGGCGGCAUCGGGUCUGAAAUGAUCGAAGUCGUGCCCUUCUUCCACAAGAUGGCCCUCACGAUCCUCGCCAGAGUGGGAGAAGAUAAAAUGGAUUCUGUCCUUGCAACGACGAUACUGGCUUACGCGUGUAGCUCAGUCCUUACAGGAACCGUUUUCUUCGUUAUGGGCGCUAGCGGGCUUGGGUCUUUUAUCGGGUUCUUUCCUCGACAUAUUCUGAUCGGAUGCAUUGGCGGCGUUGGCUGGUUUUUGAUUGCGACUGGAGUUGAGGUUUCUGCGCGCCUGUCAGGAAAUUUCAAGUAUGAUUUGGAUACGCUGGAGAGACUCUUUCAGCUGGAUACGUUCUUCCUCUGGACGACGCCUCUUCUCGUUGCGAUCGGUCUGCUUGUUCUAAAGCGAUAUAUCAAGUCGAAUUUUCUUGUGGGAGGGUAUUUUGUUUUCAUUGCAGGCUUGUUUUACUUCUUUAAGCUUGUCAUUGGUAUUCCCCUGACGACAUUGCGAGCGGAAGGAUGGGUGUUUGAUCCCCCGGCGUCGGAGAACCCUUGGUAUCAUUUCUAUACCCUGUACAAUUUUUCCGCUGUCAAUUGGUCGGCCCUCGCCGAUACUGUUCCGGCUAUGUUUGCCCUAACCUUUUUUGGCAUCCUUCAUGUUCCGAUUAACGUUCCGGCACUGGGUAUUUCCACCGGGGAAGACAAUCUCAACGUCGACCGUGAGCUUAUCGCGCAUGGUAUCUCCAAUGCCUUGUCAGGCUUUGCAGGAAGUAUCCAAAAUUACCUGGUCUAUACGAACAGCCUGCUGUUCAUCGCGAGCGGAGGUAACCACCGUUUAGCUGGCAUAAUGCUCGCCGCCGGAACCUUUGGAAUCCUGCUAGCUGGUCCGGGGCUCAUUGGUUAUAUUCCAAUCCUGGUUGUUGGAUCAUUGAUAUACAUGCUAGGUAUAGAGCUUAUGGAAGAGGCCUUGGUGGACACUUGGGGGAAGCUGCAUAGAUUGGAAUAUAUGACCGUAGUUAUCAUUGUCGUCACCAUGGGUGCAUGGGACUUUGUUACGGGCAUCGUGGCCGGCAUCUUCCUCGCGUGUCUCAAUUUCGUCGUUCAGGCUUCUCAAAAAUCCGCAAUUACGGGAACUUACACAGGACAGGUUGCUUAUUCCACUGUACGGCGGAAUCCAUUGCAUGUCCGGUUUCUCAAAGAGGCUGGGAGGCAAACAUUCGUGAUCAAGUUAUCAGGAUUUCUCUUCUUUGGCACCAUUGUCAGCGUUGAAAAGCAGGUGCGCUGGUUAAUCGAAGGAGAGGUAUUCAGCCAUCGCCCGAUCCGGUUUCUGGUAUUAGACCUCUCGCACGUCAAAGGUUUGGACUUCUCUGCUGCGGAGGCAUUCACUCGAUUGAAUCGGAUGCUGCAAGCGAGAGGGGUGCACAUUAUCAUUUGCGGCGUCGAUGUAGCCGGCGAAGUCGGCAGAAGCCUGCGAAAUGUCGGCUUGUUCGAGCAGGAAAGCAACGUCCGUGUUUUCGAAAACCUCAAUUCUGCGCUUGAGUAUUGCGAAAACGAACUCUUGCAGGCGUUGCAUGAUCGAAAGGAUGCUAUGGCAGGGGCUAGAGUCGAACCAUCACCGCUUAAACAGAUAUUCAAACCGCAAACAUCAGAGCUCCCCGUCAAUUCUCCUCGCCGGUACUACCUCCACCAACUCGCUGCCAACACCCUCCGCGAAGAAGCCGCCUCCCCGCCCUCCUCUUCUCCGCCAACGGGCAAACCCCACCACCCGCCUCCCCUCCCACUUCUCAUGCACACCUUCCAAGGCCUAACGACCAAAACCGAGGACUUCUGGGCUCCCGCAGCUGCCUUCUUCACGCGCGCCGAGUAUCCGGCCUCCAGCGUGCUCUACCGCUCCGGCGACUCCGCACACUACUUUUAUCUCCUGGAAUCCGGGAUGCUCCGCGCAGAAUACGAUACGCCGCAAGGGCACUAUUUUGAGCUGGUUGUUGCGGGACGACCCUGUGGAGAGUUACCGUUCUUCGGGGGGACGAGGAGGACGGCGACAGUGAGAGCGGAGACGGGCUGCGUGGUGUGGAUGAUGGGGGAGGAAGGGUGGAAGAGGCUGAGUGAGAGACAUGGGCAGGUGGGAUUGGAGAUGAUGAAGGUUUGUCUGAAGUUGACGGCGGAGAGGAUGGAGAGUAUCACAUCGUAUGUGCUCACGGCUACACGAUGA